GAGGCAGCAGCAGCAGAGCGCGAGGCAGCACAGAGCUUGUAAGGAGCCGCUGAGUAGAUCCACCGGCAGUAACGCACUCGAGUGAUGAUUGACCAGGCAGCAAUUUGGAACAAGCAACGGAUUUCAGAACAUGCCAGCAACAGCCCAUUCAUCUAACUCGAUUAUUGCUAAGUACUGAAAGAUGCUGUGGAUGAUUUUAUCCCCGAUGGAUUCUUAAAGUCGCUCCAAAAGAUUGACAAUUUGACUGAAGGGAUCUCUUGGUGGGAGUCAUCCAACGGGGGCCGCCAUGUGGCCCCCCGACCUCGGGCCUCCAGAUGUGCAGCUGACUCUUCCUGGGUUUGGAAAUGCAUUUGAGGAUGCCGAGGAGCUCCAGGCGCCACUGUCCUCUGGUGGCUUCUGCCAGCCGUCGAUCCACUCAGGAGGCUUUUGCCUGCUUCCGAGGACGUCACUGUCCUUGUCCUCGCUGGGACGAGAUCUCAGCUCCCUGCUCAGUUGUAAAGCAGCUGGAUCCCACGUAGAAAAGACUGUGGAGGACUUGACUUUCAAAGACCCCAAAACCAGCAGUCAUAGGUUCGGCUGCUACCAUCAACCGUCACUUCCCAUCUCCUACAUGCUCACCAGCUGUGCCACGUCUCCGUCUUUUGGCUCUCCGCCAUCCUCCGUGUCCUCGUCCUCCUCAUCUUUGCUUUUCACCACUUGUUUGUCUCAUUCCGAUACUGACAACAAGACAUCUCAGGAGCAACAGAAGCUGCAGGACAAGUAUCGACCCAUAAAACAAGAGCCUGCAGAUGAUUUCUUACCGUGUAAAAGGGAACCGCUCAUGAACACCCAGCAGAGGGAGCUGUUCCAUUUGCCACUUCAGGGUUAUGAGGGUCAGGAAAGCACGCCAUCGCCUCUUCAGUCCCCGAGGCUUAAUGGACCUGGAGGACCGGACCCGGCACUGGACCAGCAGGAGCAGCCAUGUCACUGGAUUGACUGCAGUGCCACCUACAGCAGCCAGGAGGAGCUGGUGAGGCAUAUCGAGAAGGUGCACAUUGACCAGAGGAAAGGGGAGGAGUUUGCAUGUUUCUGGGCUGGGUGCAUCAGACGCCACAAACCCUUCAACGCUCGGUACAAGCUGCUCAUCCACAUGAGGGUCCACUCCGGAGAAAAACCUAACAAAUGCAUGUUUGAGGGCUGCUCUAAGGCAUUUUCCCGUCUGGAGAACCUGAAGAUCCACCUGAGGAGCCAUACAGGAGAGAAACCCUACAUCUGUCAGCAUUCUGGCUGCCUCAAGGCCUUCAGCAACUCCAGCGACCGUGCAAAACACCAGCGAACACAUGUGGACACGAAGCCGUAUGCCUGUCAGAUCCCCGGAUGCACCAAGCGAUACACCGAUCCCAGUUCAUUAAGAAAACACGUCAAAGCUCACUCAGCCAAAGGCCUUCAGGACAGAGAGGUCAAGGUUCAGGCCCCUACGCUGCUGGAAUCUGACAUUUUGAGUGAUUGUCUGGCGAGGCAGCAUCUCCACAGCUCGGCCUCCUCACACCAAGAAAACAGCUCACCUUUGCCGGCCUUAGAUAAUUUCACAGGUGUGUACUCAAACAGCAGCGCCACCCACAACAGGGGGAAUUCAGAGUUUCUGCCUCCAUCAGCAGACAGCUGCUCCAGGUAUCCAGGCCUGGAGGGAAACUUUGAUGCCAACAGUCCAAUAUCUUCGUUAACAAGCCCAGAGAGCAUGAUGGAUGGGAACAGACUGCCAUCCUUGUUCGUGUCUGCUGACAUCAGCCCAGUAAACUCCUCCUCAGAGAGAAUUGACGUCCGACUGCAGGGCUACCAGAAAACCUACAGCCACCAGCAGCAAGUGUUCUCACAGCAGCAAGGCUGUCUGUACGGAGAAGAAAAGGUGAUCCAACCAGUCAGCGAUGGAGAUUUUGAACCUGCUAGUUACUUUACAAAUCCGUCUACCUGUCAUUCAACAGGGUUUGACCUGCUGCAGGACCUGCAGGGCCAGGCGGGCGGUGGAUACACCAUGUUCACAGAUGACAACUUCCUCUUCCAGGCUGGAGGCGUCGACCGCUGCCUCAACCAGAUCUACUCCAUCUACCUGGACUCAUGAUGGCAACCCAGAACCAAAGAUAAAAUCACUUAAAAAAAACAAAAAAAAACAGGACGAACCGCAGCAUAAAUGAUGUGUGACGGCCGACAAACAGUCACACCAACAACGAGCUGAAUGUAUCAACAUCGUUCUUCCGCUUGGAAGAUAUGAAAGAAUGUCAGUGUUAAUGGUACAAACAGUAAAGCAAAAAGAACUCCAGUCUGAGAAACUGGGGACAAAACUAAAUGAUCAAAAUAUAAAAUCGGGUGGAAUAACAGAUGUAAAUAGCAAUGACUUUUGUAUUCAGAGAUGACCACAGCAAUCAUGAUCUGGAUAGGUUGAGCUGCACACUUUAUUUUUUCUCAGCCAAUGAGGAUAGUUCUGCCUCCACAGCUGCUCGGCUUGAGGUUGAUGAAUAAAUAUGCAAAAGAAGAACAGCACUAUCGGAAAUUAUACACAUUUCACUUCACGAGUGUGUUCUUUGCGUGUAAUGUUGCAUAUUUUUGCUCUGGUUCAAUUCAAAUGAGAAAAUCUGUGAAAAUUAGAGGAAAAUGACUCUCAGACAUACAUAUAUUGUCACAGACAAGGCAUGUGGCUUCAUUUUAAAGUUUCUCAAUCCAAAAAGGUCGAGAACUACUAUGCUAUAAAGCAUUUAGCUGUCAAAACACACUCAGUGUGUGUUUAGCAGCAGCCAAAUUACCUUGUAACUUAAGUGCACUAAAGUGUCAUUGAGAAACGUCCGGCUGUAGCAGAAACUUGAAGCAGAGCUGCCCUCAAGUGUCCGAAUGACAGAAAUGUUCCUUAAAUACCAACAGUUCUCCAGAUCGGUCAGUGUGGAUGAAACUGACAAAACAAAACACAAAAACUGCACUAAAAUAUGUUACUCUUACCGAUCAAAACAGCAGUAUAGUCUUCUCUGUAACCUUCUCUCUCGCUGCCUUUAUGCGUUUGUUGUACAGUUUCUAUCAGUGUUGUGUUCAGUGGGAGGGACGUCGUUUACAAGAACUUCUCUGCACUCUUUUCUGUCUCGACGCUGAGACUUCGAAGACUAACCCAGAAAUGUUUACACUGAUUUUGUAGCAAUCCAAAGAUUUCUCAUUAUUGUCAUUGAACAGUGUAUAGACUGUAAAAAUGCAUCUGUUUUUAUAUCUAAAUAAAACAAAUCUGUUUGUA